AGCCGAAUGGCUCUGAGGGCCAGGCGUCGUUCGAUCACAGCCUGUUUUCCGAGUGACUGCGUUCAACAAGACGCGGAGUGUCACCAUGGAGCUGUCCGGUGCAAGGUCAUUGGUGAACAUGGAGCUCAACAGCGACUCCGAUGAGAUGCUGAUUCCCACCCCGUCUCCAACCUGGCGCGACAUGUGGCACGGCCGGGGCGUCGCAGCUGCAGCGGCACUGCUGGGCUUGCUGGCGCUGCUUGGGCUGUCCGGUGGGCAUGGGAGCUCCUUCUUUAAGAAAGAGACUUCCGCACUCUGGUCAGCCAGUGGAGGCAAAUGCAGUGGCACCUUGGAGGUGUCGAACCUGGGGGAGUUCAGCCUCAUUAGCGCCAGCGUGAACAAGCCUGGUGACCCUGCCAGCCGGGACAUCGUGGGCGAUGGCCUCUCCGUCACGCUGGGGAUGAAGAGCCGAGCCUAUUUCGGGAAUGCUUGCACCGAGGGCGCCUUUGACCAAUCCGAGUACAUGAAGGAGAACUUCAUGAACAAGCGUGUGAGCUACACCGUGGACCUUAGUGGUGUGGGCUGUGGCUGCAACGCUGCACUGUACAUGGUCUCCAUGAAGGAGUCUGAAGCGGCUGGGGACUGCGACGACGACUACUACUGUGACGCCAUGAGCGUUUGUGGCCUGAAAUGCGCAGAGAUUGACCUUAUGGAAGCCAACCACCGGGCCUUCCACACAACCUUGCACAAUGGCAUCACCGCGUGGGAUCCGAAGGUGGGUUGUGGUGGUGGAGGCACCACGAUGUCCGGCAAAGAAUGGCUGGGGCCAAGGGAUUGGAGUCCUGAGGAAUAUGGCCCUGGAGCCAAGUGCAUCGAUACCGACAAGGAGUUCCAGGUAGCGAUUGACUUCGUGACCCACACCAAUGAUGAGGGAGAAGAGCAGCUCAAGAGCCUGGAGGUCUAUUUGACUCAGGGGAGCUGCAAACUGACCGCCUCCAUGGAGCAAUACCACGAGAUGAUGCCUGUUCUCACUAAGCGUCUCCAGGAGGGCAUGACCCUGGUGCUCAGCUACUGGUCCGAUGAGGGUAUGACCUGGUUGGAUGGCUCAGGUUACGACGGUGUGGAAUUCUGCAAGGCCCGGUGGGAAAAGGAUGGAGAGCGAAAUUGUGCUGAUUCAAUCAGCUUGAGGGACUUUGCCUUGACCUCGCUUGAUGAACUUUGAGCCACUGCAUCAACUGGAAGAAGCCGCC